UUAUUACCGCAGCCCACCGUCUCCUCCACCUCCACCUCCCCAGCCCAGAUACCAUUCCCUCCACCUCCUCUAUAAACCAUCGCAUGCACCAGGCAAGGACACUCACAGAGGCAAACGCUCGAGCAGCGCAAAGCAAAGCAUUUUCCCAAGCUUGCCGUACGUGCAGUGCACUCCUCUCCUUCUCGCUUCCGGUGAUAUAAGUUGUUGCCGGAGUCGGCGGCCAUGUCUGUGUCGUCGGUGCUGUCGUCGUUCCUGUACGGCUGCUUCAACCCGGCGGGCGGGCGGUACCACCACCACCGCGCCGGAGCCUACUACCACAGCAGCCACCCCACGAGCGCCGACACCAUGUACUACAACCAGAGCGGGUUCGCCGGCGGCCGCAGGAUGGGCCGGAGCAGCCGGCCGCUGUCCCUGCAGACGGUGGAGCUGAAGGUGCGGAUGUGCUGCUCGGGGUGCGCGCGGGUGGUGAAGCACGCGCUGACGAAGCUGCGCGGGGUGGACAGCGUGGAGGUGGAAGUGGAGAUGGAGAAGGUGACGGUGACCGGGUACGUGGAGCGGCACCGGGUGCUCAAGGAGGUGCGGCGGGCCGGGAAGAAGGCCGAGUUCUGGCCCAACCCGGACCAGCCGCUGCACUUCACCACCGCCAAGGACUACUUCCACGACCAGGAGUCGUUCCGCCCCAGCUACAACUACUACCGCCACGGCUACAACGGCGACAAGCACGGCCACCUCCCCGAGCCCCACCGCGGCUCCGACCCCGUCAGCAACAUGUUCAACGACGACGACGUCAACGCAUGCUCCAUCAUGUAGUAAAGUACUGUGAUCAUUGUGUCGUCGUCGUCCUCCUCCUCUCGAGGUCGUGUAGUGCUCCGCGCCGGCCGGCGAGCACGCCUGCCGGGGCCGGGGACGCCAGUGGUAGCCGCAAGAUAGACAAGUGGGCUGCAUGCUCUGCUCCUGUAAAGCUAGCGUUGUGGUAUGGACUAUGGAAAUGGAAUGAUCAGUGGUGCCCUCUACGGGCUACACAACGUACUA